UCGUCCUACGUUGGCCACAACACUACAUAGUUGACAGGGAAGAGAGAGAGAGAGAGAGAGUUUUUGAUCUUGUGUAAUAUAAAUUCAGGUGUCAGCUCCAAAAUACACAGAGAGAUAGCACGCAGACACGGCAUCUCUCUCUGUCAUUUCUAUAUAUCUCUCCCUCUCCCUCUAUCUGUUCUCUCUCCUUAUCAAACCAGAUUUUCUUUCUUUUUAUCUCAGGUAUCCAUUCGUCUGAGGAGAAUGGGAAGUAAUAUUGCUGAUAAAAUUCAUGGAGCUGGUGAGGCAGAGGGUUCUGAAACAAACAUUGAAAUAAAAAUAAAAACAUUGGAUUCUCAAACCUAUACUUUGAGAGUGGAUAAACAGAUGCCAGUUCCUGCUUUAAAAGAACAGAUUGCUUCUGUCACUGGCGUGCUAUCAGAACAACAACGUCUAAUAUGUCGUGGAAAAGUCUUAAAAGAUGACCAACUACUCUCUGCCUAUCAUGUCGAAGAUGGUCACACCUUGCACCUGGUAGUUAGGCAACCUAUACCAUCUGAGGGCUUAUCCAAUCAUUCAGCCAGUGAUCCUGCUUCAGGUUCAAGCCAUCACACUGGUCAGGUGGCUCCCAGUGUUGUAAUAGAAACUUUUAGUGUGCCUGAUCAAGGGGAUGCAGUUCCUCCAGAAAUCAGUAGGAUUGUCUCUGCUGUUCUUGGAUCUUUUGGAUUUUCAAAUAUCGGAGGUGUCAGUGAAGGGGUCGAUGUGGAGCGUGGUUUGCGAAGAACAUCAGCUGCUGGUGGCACAAUGGAUGCAAGCCAACUGCAAUCUGAACAAACUGGCACCAGGGGUCAGUCUGACAGAUCACAGAAUGUUUUUGGGCUUCCGACAGCAGUUUCCUUGGGAUCUCUGAAUCCUCCUGUAAUUCCUGAUUCUCUGACAACUCUGUCCCAAUAUCUGAGCAAUUUGAGGCGAGAAUUUGAUGCCAUCGGCAGAGGCGGGGAAAACAUUGCUCAAGCAGAUGCUGCACUCAGGAUGGAGCAAAUAGAUUCUAAUACCACAUCACUAUCAGGAACUGGACAAGAAAGACUUCCAUCACCUGCAUCCUUGGCAGAAGUGAUGCUGUCUAGUAGACAAUUACUCACCGAACAAGUUGGAGAAUGUUUACUUCAACUUGCAAGACAACUAGAGAAUCAAGCACAUAUUACUGAUACUGCAGCGCGACACGCAACUCAGUCUAGUGCAUUGAGAACUGGAGUCCAACUUCAUAAUUUAGGUGCCCUUCUUCUCGAACUUGGACGUACAAGCAUGACAUUACGACUAGGUCAAGCACCGUCUGAAGCUGUGGUUAAUGCGGGCCCUGCUGUUUUUAUCAAUCAAUCUGGUCCUAAUCCUCUCAUGGUUCAGCCUCUUCCUUUUCAACCAGGGACAAGCUUUGGUGCUGUCCCUUUAGGAUCCAUGCAGCCUGGAUCUGGUCUGACUAAUGGUGUCGGUACCGGGUUUCUUCCAAGGCGAAUUGAUAUACAAAUACGAAGAGGUUCAUCGACAGCUACCCCCAACAAUAAUCGUGAGGAACAUGGUCAGACACAGCAAACUGCUGGGCAGAGAAACCCACCAACCAGUUCUGGUGGUGAAAAUCCUAGUAGUCAAACAAGUUCAAGGCUCUCAGAGGGUUCAUCUUUUGCUGGAGAGCCUGUACGAGUGGUGCCUCUUAGAACGGUGGUUGCAGCUGUUCCUGGCACAUUUGGCCGCCUUCCUUCUGAUUCAUCUGGUAAUUCUAUAGGUCUAUACUAUCCUCUUCUUGGACGAUUUCAAAAUGUAGCUUCUGGGCAUGGGAAUAGUGGGCGGGGAUCUCAAGCAUCUGGUGAAUAUCACACUGCUGAGGUCCAAACUGAGCAGCUGCCAACUCCUGAACCUGCUUUGCAGCAGCAAAACUUUGAACAACGCACAAGAGAUGGAUCAUUGCCACCAAACUUGAGACAAGAGCCUUCUAUUUCUCGCAGUAUAAGUAUCAACAUUCUGUCAGCUAGUGGGGCCCAAAACAACCAGGAUUCUGAACGACAUAUCCCCGACAAUAUUUUGCAGCUUCUGAGGACCAUCUUACCUGGUGAUAUCCAUAUGGAGGAUGCCAGCUUACGAGGAACAACUACUAGUUCUGUCCCUGAGACUGCAGGGCAAUCUACUGCUACUGCAGAAGCAGAACCAAGAGCUACUGAUGAGGGGAUAUUUCUGUCUAAUUUGCUUCGUGAGAUCAUGCCCCUCAUAUCUCAAAGUGGAGGUGCAGAACCCAGUGCCAUACCUCCUGGAGAAGCACAGAACUCUGGGAAUCAGAGGCCUCGAGAUUCUUCAACCCAUGCUGAAAACUCUGGCAUUGGAACAUCUCGUGGCCAUGAUACGGAACCAAGCCCUCCAAAUUCAAAACGCCAAAAGACUGAGUGAUUUAUCUGUGGACAAAGGAUUCAAGAGCUGAACUUGUGAUUAUGAUCUCAGACAGCUAAAGAAUCAUGUGUUUCUUCUAUAGGUUAAUGGCGGUUGGUCUUAUCUUUUCAAUUUAGUGUAACAUGUCAAUGAUGGUUGGUCAUUUUCUCAAGUUAAUAGGCAAUGAGUUGAGAUGAAAUGCUUGGUUUCCAUACUGUAACAUUACGGCUUUGUAUACUUCGGAGUCCUAUUAGGCAAAUUAGCUUCAACUAUUUUUCAAUACUUCAUCACCAUAUGUUUGGUUUUUACUCGUUUGCCCUGGUAUGUGAUUGCUGGGAAGGUUUGAUAUGACAUUACUAUUCAGAAAGUAAUUAUUCAGCGCAAUUAGUUUAUAUUA